CAUCUCUCGGCACAUUGGAUUUCGCCCAGAAAUUAUCCCCAACCUCGAUGAUCAUAAAUUUCGGUAUUUGGCGCAUAAUUAGUGGCCACAAUUAAAUCUCCAAAUCUCGAUACGGAGUUGGCUGUUUCGGUCAGCGUUGACACUACAUACUUUAUAAUUCUUGAACUGCUAAGCUUAUUAGAAGCUACACCAGAUUUAUUCGGCCAUGUCUGGAUUUAUUGCGAGAUCCACUGAAUUUGUACGCACCGAAAGGCAGCGCACAGUUCUAAAUGAUGUGUACGUGGGCCGGCAGAUCCUGGCCAGCGACGAGCGAAGCGAUGUACUGUUUGCUGUGGGCCGUCAAUUGGGUGACGUUAAGAUGUUUUCGGCUCACAAAUCCAUGCUGAGCCGGGGCAGUACUGUCUUCAACACUAUGUUCAAUGGAAGUUUAGCGGAAAGUGGUGAUACGGCCAUCGAUGUUCCUGAGAUCCUGCCAGAAGCCUUCAGCAACCUCCUCAGAUACAUCUAUACUGGCUCGGUUGGCAACGGUUUAAAUGCUGAAAAUGUUUUUGAGACGGUCUACUGCGCCGAUAAGUACAAUCUGCCAAGGCUGGAAAAUCUCUGCUUAACGUUUAUCAAGACAGACUUAAGAGCAGACAAUUGCCUUCUAUAUUUAGAAGCAGUCAAGCGCUGUAUGCACGACUCGGUUGCACGCCUAGAGGAAAGCUGCUGGGAAGUCGUAGACCGAUUUACUCCAUCUGUACUGCAAUCAGAGUAUUUCCCGACAGUCAGCCGAGAAACCAUGAAACUGCUUUUGCAGCGCGACACCUUGUCGGCCGAUGAGAACAGCAUAUAUUUAGCUGUCGAAAAUUGGUCAGUGGCGGCUUGCAUGCGCGAUAAUCUGGAGCCUUCCCAAGUUAACCGGCGUGCUGUGCUGGGCGAAGCACUGUACCUUAUCCGUUUUCCCCUGCUGACUGACGCGGAACUGGUCAACGGGCCCAUGAAAAGCCGAAUGCUGCUUGAGCCAGAGCUCUUGGACAUUUACCAGUUCAAAUAUGCGAAUGACAAGCCACAGCUUCCGUUUCCGGUGGUACACCGUCGCGGCUCGAUUCUGCGUUUUCCAAAAGGUUAUGCAGAGUUCGUGCAGCAGGAAAAAGUGUUUGUGGAGAUGGAUAUUGGACAGAGAUUGUUCUGGUAUCCUGCACUGGUUGUCGGGAUGCGUGAAGCGGAUAUCGUUGUUUCACGGGAUAAAGGACAGACAACUUAUAACUGUGCACCGUACAAAGUCGUUCGGGCUGCGGAUAUCUUGCAAGUCGGACAAGAAGUUAAGAUUCUCAUCAAGCGCAAAUACCACCCCGCUGUGCUGGUCGCAUUCUGGGGAGAUUUUUACGAUGUCUGCUACCGAGGUACACAGUAUUCGAAGCUGUUCACAGAACUGGUUGUCAGUCGCGAUCAAAUGACGGCCUGGAAAGCGGCCGGUUAUGUAAGCGUCUUCUAUUGCUAAAGUUCUCUUUGUUUUAAUUCCUUACGGGAGCGGUGA